AUGGUAGAAUAUCUUCCCAACUUUGGCAGACCGGAAGGCGUGCUUGGCCCAGUCGGUCUUUGGAGCUACGUCGACCGCGACGGGAGGAUCCUCGACCUCAACCUCAACGUCGUGCGCUGCCGUGCGCUGCGCACAUACCACCCGUCCCCGCGCGACCAGCACUGGUCGCUCUCGUGGCACCUCGGCACGACCGAAGACGGUGACCCCGUCCACCGCCGCAUCCACAUCACACGUGAGCCCGGCGCCGACCACCUCACAAACUGGGGCCCUAUCACCGUCACCGUCGAUAGCGUCACCGUGGCAGAGACGCAUGUCAUCCCCCUCGGGCGUACAGACUUUAAGCAGCGGACGAUGAUCGAGGCGAUUGCGAGCCGGACUCCCGUGUGCAAACCGGAUGGAGAGUGGAAUUGUCAGAAUUGGCUGGAGACGGUGCUGGAUGAGAUGGUGGAGAAGGGCGUUCUGCCCGGCGAUGUCGUCCAAGCGGCCCUACUGCAAGCUCGUCUGGUCCAACCCAUUCCAUUCCAACCUUAA